CUUCUUUCUUUGUGUGAAUGUUUAGGUGGUGUUAUGCUACUACAUGUACAUAUACAUGUGUUAUAAAUCUUCCCACAUCUUGACAUAGACGUUGGGGUGUGUUAGAAUGAGCCGUUUUAGGACGGUGUGGUUGAAUCUUUACUUUUAUAAAGAAUAUCUCUUUGAAUUUGAGACUUUAACCUUUGCAGCUUUACAGAUCUUCUUGCUGAAAUGAAUAAUAAAAGCCUAUUGUCUCUUUCCGCUCAUGUUUCUUAUGAACUGUAGUUAAGAAGAGUGUCUGUGGUUUCAUGUGCUAAAUAUAUCACUCUGAAAGACUGCAGAGCUGCUCUGGAUCCUCUCUGCGGCUGGUGUGUGAACACACACAGAUGUUCUAUCCGAGAUGAAUGUUCAGAUACUUCAUGGGUGUCCAUCCCAAAAAACUCUCUCCAGACACAGCUGGUUUCUUUUCAGAUAGCAGAGAAUUCUUCUAGAAAUGUACUGUAGACAUCAUAAUCAAGUAUUUUUAUAGUCAUCAUUUAGAAAAUGUUUACUACUACUCUACUCUUUACCAGACAUUGCCCUCUUCUACACAGAUUACUCUACAUCUUUCAUUGAGUCUGGAGAGCACAGGAAAUCCUUCCUUCUCAUGUACCUUCAACACAGGAACCAUGAACCUUUGUGAUGGGUCUGAUCCACCUGCAGUUUUCCCAAACUGCUCCUGUAGUUUUUCUGACCAGAUUCUAUACACUGGAGGUUUAAGGGUCUCUGCUACAGUUACUAUUGAGGAUCAGACGAUCACAGAUACACUGACGCUGAGGAACUGCUCUGGUAUCAAAGAUAAUUCACCAAAUUCUUCUUACACAAAGUGUGUGCAGUGUGUCUCGCCUGGGUGUCACUGGUCCUCUUCCUCCAAGUGUUGUGAUUGGACACAUGGACAUGGGCCGCAGUUACACACACAGAAGCCGGAGAUUCUGUCUCUGAAGCCGAACAAGGUUUCUUUCCAUGGCAGAAACAAUGUUUUACUAAGAGGAAGGAACCUGGAAUCUGUUACUAAAAUCCGUAUUCAAGGGGAUCUGGAGUGCAUUUCUAAAGAAUCUCCAGUGUUUGAUCGCUCCAGUGACACGUUAAGGUUCCACAUUCCUCCCAGUGGAACUAAAGGAACCGUGAAAGUGUGUGUUGUUACUCCUGACGACCGUUGUCAUGGUAACAGCUUCAUCACUUACAGUUCUCAGCCCAGCUGCACUGGAAUACAGCCCACAGUCAGCUGGAGCAGUGGUGGAAGGAAGAUUCAUCUUCAGGGGAGAAAUCUGGAAUUAGUGGAGUCAGUGACUGUAUUUCCCUCUAAUAAAGUGAUGAAAACACAAUACAACACAAGCUCAGGGAUGUCAGCGGUUUAA